AUGCAUUUGUAAGACAGGUUAUACAGUAGAGGGAGAUUUAGACAUACGGAUAACUAAUCAAAAAUAAAAAUUUAUUAAGAAUGUCAUUAUACAUGCGAAAAUUGUUCAGGACCAUUAUAACCAAAUUGUACAACUUGUUCAUUAUAUUCUCAUCGUCAUCUAACUAUAGAUUAUCAAUGCUUAUGUGACUCUGCCUACAUAGAUAAGGGUUUAAACAAUAUCAUAAGUUCACUUAUUGCAUAGCCUUAUAUUUUAGCAAUCUGUCAUCAUUCCUGUGCCAAUUCUGUUAAUUUUGGGGAGAUUAAUGCACUCUUUGUCCUUCUGCAUAUAACCUAAAAUGUCCAUGCAGAUAUGGAUACUAUGAAAUAUUCUAAAUGGUGUUCAAUAAGUGAUCUGAGUUGUUAAAAAUGUGUGAAUGGAUCUUUGCAAAGUUCAUCCUGUGAACCAUUAUAUUUUAGAAUCUUAAACAACACUUAAUAUUGUAUAUGCUAAGAAGGAUACAUGAUAUUGGAAUAACAUUGUAAAAUAUGUUAAUCCUGUACUUGCACAUGUAAAAUAGGCUACUUUGAUAAUGGUAUACUUGAAUGCCAAAGUAAUUAUACCCAUUUGAAAUAGAAUUUUCAAAUUUUUGUCUAACAUGCUCUUAAAUAAAAGUUAACUUUACUGGUUCAAUUUAGAAUUGACUUUUCUAUCAUAAAAAAGUUUCCUUGUAUAGCUGGGUUUUAUUCUGAUGUAGAUAAAAUAUGUUAUUCCUUAAAUUCAACAAUUGUUAAAUUACAUAAGAUAAUCAAGAGUUACUAAAUAUCCUAAUUUUCAAAUAGAUUUACCAUAUUCAAAAUUGCAAUUGCAAAGAUGGAUAUUAUGAUUAUAGUCUAACCCUAGAAUGGAAAAAAAUGGAGUUAUCCUUGUAAACUUUUUUAAUUUAGUUCAAAAGAUUGCUAACUUUGUUCAAGUAAAUCAAGACACAAUGCUCCAAUUUGUGAUGAUUCUUUAUGUAACAUUUUUAACUCCUAAAGCAUUCUAUUGUCUUACUUGUAAGGAAUGAAGAAUGGAUACUUUGAGGCACAAUAAAUACAUUUUUUCUAAUGUAAAAAUAAAUGUUUAACAUGUUCAAACACAUCUACUAAUUGUUUAUAGUAUAAAAGAGAUCGCGUGAAUAUUUCAAAUUGCAUUUGUGUAAGGGCGUAUUACGAUAAUAUUGCUAAUAGUGUCUUGAUUUUGUAGAACUUGUAAUUUGCAAGACUGGCUUAUCAUGUAUGGGGAAUAGAAUGUUGA